CCACCAAAGGCAAUUAGCUAAUUUGAGCUGAAUUACACUGAGCUAGCUCAGGGAAUAAUAUGGCCUAUUACGCAAUCGCUCCUAUUCUCUGUGCCCUCGUCCAGAAUGAGCUCUACAUGCACCUAUACAUAAACCAAGUGUAUGCUGGACAGAGUACUAACCAAUUAGUAGUGAUUACUUCAAGCCAGCCUCAAGGAUUUGGUAUUACUGUCAUCAAUGAUUGGCCCAUAACUGAUGGGGCAAAUACUGUUGGACGUGCACAAGGAUUACAUUUCCAGUCAGGUCAAACAAGCCAAAAGUGGUAUACAUCCAUGAAUUUAAUCUUCGAGGAUACGAGGUUCAGCGGAUCCAGUCUCCAGGUGAUGGGUACGAUUCCACAGGAUGGCGAGUGGAGCAUAAUUGGAGGUACUGGAGAAUUUGUUGCUGCACAGGGUAUCGUCGAGCAUAAUGUAAUCCAGGAAGCCGGUGGAGCUUGGACUUAUGAACUUAAAAUCCAUGCAUUCUACACUCCCAUGCAAUCCUCAGGGGUUGGUGCAUAUGGUUGUAACUCAUGGAAGCUUGGACCAUGAUUAUUUUAAACUGCAUUAUGGGUGUUAUGCAAUUUUUCUUCAUCACCAGUGGGCAUUUCUUCAUGCAUGAUGGAAGUCACCGCUGAAAUCAUUUCAAUUUAUUUAUGCUUUUAUCUAGAUUAAUAAGUUGUCAAUGAAACGGCAGACCAUAGAUUGAUCUGCAGACCCCAUAGACCCUGUUUUGCUACGUUUCUAUCCUACUUUUUUUUCCUUUCCAAAUUUGUACCAGCAAGUUCCCGUUUAUCUUAUUUUAAUCAAUAAUAAAGGGUGCAUGCAUGUUAUCCAUGAGAUA